AUGGAAGCCUUCAUUUCUGCGAUCCCGAAUGAAAAGAGAGCAAUUUUCGAACAAACUGUAAAAGAUGUCAACGAAUUUUUUGACGGAGUUCUCAGGUUCAAAGAAACUGAAUGGAAAGGACAUCGUUUUCUCCCUGGUUUUGAAGCAGAAACUGCAAAAUACGCAUACGAAAAACUGGAACUGGAACAAAAUUCGGUCUUUCUAGUAUCUUACCCCAAAACCGGCGUUAAUUGGACAUCGGCGGUCGUAAGUGAAAUAUUAUAUGGACUGAAUGGAUUGAGGAUGUUUCCACCAUUGCAAAAGAUGGAUGUAGCCAAAGAAUCAAAAUUUCAGCUAUUGGAAUAUCUGCCCGUUCAUCCGAAAUGUUUUCAGACUCAUUUACCAGAAAAUUUGUUGAACGUCGAAAAAAUAAAAAAGAAUGACGGAAAGAUAAUUGUUAUUCUACGCAAUCCUAAAGAUCAAGUUGUUUCCUGGUAUCACUUUUGCAAGAAUGCACCCUUCGACAACGCCCGAUACGCCUUCAGUCUUGAUUGGCCACAAUUUUUUUCGGACUAUGUGCAGGGGAAGCAAAUAACAUUCAUGAAAGAUGGAGAAUGGUAUCCUGAUCAUAUACUGGGAUGGUAUAAACACAAGGAUGAAGAUAAUGUCAUGUUCAUUCAUUAUGAAGAUCUGAAAAGAGAUACGAAACAAGAAAUCAGACGUUUGGCAAAGUUUUUGAACACUGAAGUUGAUGAUAAGAGAGUGGAGGAAAUAGAAAAUGCGACUACGUUUAGUGUCAUGAAACAGACAUCUCAUCCAAAUCUUUUGAAAUUGAAUCUAUUCAGAAAAGGGGAAGUCGGAAACUGGAAGCAGCUGAUGACUGUUGCACAAUCGGAAUUGAUGGACAAAUUGAUUGCAGAUAAAUUGGGGCAUACUGACAUCAAAUUUAUUUACGAUAUAUAAUAACAUUGUCACACUUUUAUUCAUAAAUUGAUCAUUUUAUCAAUAUGUUUACUAAACCUUUCAUACAACAUUGCAGAAAACUAAA